UGGAGUUUCCACAGAGAACAGGCAGGAAACACCCUGAUGCACACUAUACAAGUAAACAACCACACGUGAGUUUGAGCUGGACAGAUUCAUCCAAAAGCCAACUUUUGAUUUCAUGUCACAUGACAGAUGGUCACGUGCAAGAACUAGGAGCUCCGAUUGGCCGUCAGGUUUCAGCUCCGCCUCUGAUUGGCCGGCUGCCUCCCCAGCGUUUCCUUGUUAUUGUGGAGAAAAGUGAAGUUGUUUCAAACGGAUCCAUGUAGAUGAGGACCGCCAUGUCCGCUCCGUUCGGCCGCUGCCCGGCCCUGCUCGUGCUCGGUCUGCUGGCGGCGGCAGACUGCAGGUUUCCGCCUCUGGAGCAGCUCAGACCCGCGGCCAGCGAGCGGGCGCAGGCGGCAGCGGUGUCCGCGCUGCUGCAGCGGCUGCUGGGGAACCGCUCCGCGGAGUUCGCAGUGUCCGUGAACCGGAGCCUGUCCACCGACAGCCUGGACGUGUGCGAGCUCCGCUCCGGCAGAAACCACCGGAUCAUCGCCACGGGGAGCAGCGGCGUGGCGGCGGCGUCUGGGAUCUACAACUACCUGAAAUAUUUCUGCAACUGCCACGUUUCCUGGUCCGGGGAUCAGCUGGAGGUCCCCAGCCCGCUGCCCGCGCUGAGCGGCGUCCUGCGCAUCAACACCCCGCACAGGUUCCGGUACUACCAAAACGUUUGCACCGUCAGUUACUCCUCGGUGUGGUGGGACUGGCCCAGAUGGGAAAGAGAGAUCGAUUGGAUGGCCCUGAAUGGAAUUAAUCUCCCACUCGCCUUCACAGGCCAGGAAGCCCUUUGGCAGGAAGUGUAUCGCUCUCUUGGACUAAACCAGUCGGACAUCGAGGAAUUCUUCUCUGGACCGGCGUUUCUGGCCUGGAACCGCAUGGCCAACAUGUAUAAGUUUGGUGGACCUCUGCCGCAGUCCUGGCAUGUGAACCAGCUUCGCCUUCAAUUCAAGAUCUUGGAGAGAAUGAGGUCUUUUGGAAUGAUCCCCGUGCUUCCGGCCUUCUCUGGAAACGUUCCCAAAGGAAUUCUUAAGCUGCAUCCAGAGGCCAACGUGACCAGACUGGGACCGUGGGCUCACUUCAACUGCAGCUUCUCGUGCUCCUACGUCUUAGACCCCAGAGACCCGCUGUUCCUCCAGAUCGGCUCCCUUUACUUGUCUCAGGUGGUGAAGCAGUUUGGUACCGAUCACAUCUACAACACCGACACUUUCAAUGAAAUGACUCCGCCUUCCUCUGACCCCGUCUACCUGUCUGCAAUCAGCCGCUCUGUUUUUGCCUCUAUGACUGCAGUGGAUCCAGAGGCUGUGUGGCUGAUGCAGGGCUGGCUGUUCUUCAGUGAUGCUGCAUUCUGGAAGCCGCCGCAGAUCCGGGCGCUGCUGCACGGAGUCCCGCUGGGCCGCAUGAUUGUGUUAGAUCUGUUUGCAGAGACUGAGCCGGUUUUCUCCUACACAGAGUCUUUCUACGGGCAGCCUUUCAUCUGGUGCAUGCUGCACAACUUUGGCGGCAACAACGGCUUCUUUGGGACAGUAGAAAGCAUCAACUCUGGUCCCUUUAAAGCCCUGAGCCUCAAGAACUCGACAAUGGUCGGCAUUGGAAUGACUCCUGAGGGAAUUGAGCAGAACCCCGUCAUAUAUGAGCUGAUGAGCGAGCUGGCUUGGCGGAAGGAGCCUGUCAACCUGACAAAAUGGGUGUCCCUGUACACGGUGCGGCGCUAUGGCAGCAUGCACGAGAGUCUGAGCGCUGCAUGGAAGCUUUUGUUUGGCAGCGUGUAUAACUGCACCGUGCCACACUACAAAAACCACAACCACAGCCCGCUGGUGCGCAGGCCUUCCUUCAACAUGAACACGGAUCUGUGGUACGACCCCGCAGACCUGUUUGAAGCCUGGAGGUUGUUUAUGGAAGCAGCUCCAUCUCUGAUGUCCAAGGAGACCUUCCGCUAUGAUCUGGUAGAUGUCACUCGCCAGGUCCUCCAAGACCUCGCCACAUACUUUUACCAGGACAUCAGAGAUGCCUUCCACAGUAAGAAGAUGCCAGAGCUGCUCACCUCAGGAGGGGUGCUGGUCUACGACCUGCUUCCUGAACUCAACCGGCUGCUGAACAGUGAGCGGAACUUUCUGUUGGGAAGCUGGCUGGAGCAGGCUCAGUCCUUCGCCCUGGACGAGCCGGAGGCGCAGCUGUACGACAUGAACGCCAGAAACCAGCUGACUCUGUGGGGUCCCAGUGGGGAGAUCCUGGAUUACGCCAACAAGGAGUGGGGGGGCCUCAUGGAGGACUACUAUGCGCAGCGAUGGAGCCUGUUUGUCCAGAUGCUGGUGGAGUGUCUCAACAGUGGACUGCCAUUCAAGCAGGACACUUUCAACCAGGCGGUUUUCCAGGUAGAAAAAGGCUUCAUCUCCAACGGCAGGAAGUACUCAACCAAACCUCAAGGGGACACUUAUGAGAUUGCCCACAGAAUCUUCCUGAAGUAUUACCCACAGGCCCUGAAGAGGCUAUGAGGCCUGUGUUCAGGCCCGGCAAAGAAUGUUUGUCCUCCAGCACUGUCCACACGUUGAUAUGGAAGCUCAAAUUGAGUUUACUAGUUUCAAUGGUUUUUAACAAUAAACAAUCAUUUUUAACCAUU